GUUUUAUUCAGUUGAAUUUCGAUACGAGCGAAGUAAAGGUGUGCACGUUACUUUCAUUUUGUUUCGCGUUUUGCCUUUUUUUAUAAUAACUAAUUAACCGUUUCUGUUUGCUUGUUAAUUGUUAAUAAUUAUUUAAGUGUUAAUUUGGAUCGAUAUACUUUGGCCAGAAAUUGGGCUACUGUAUAGUUAGUGAAAAUAAGCUGUAUUUACUGAAUAUCGGGCGGUGGUGCUUUAAAGGAUUUAGUGCUAAGGAUUUGUUCUUUGAGAAAAAUAUGUGAAAUUUUGGUGAAAUCAAAAUGUCUUCUCAGGUGUAAAACUGGUAUUCACGUGGAUGUUCGACACCCCCGGCUCAAACGACACCGUCUAAAAAAACAUAAUUAUUUAUCACAUUUUAACCAUAUUUAUUGAAAAUAAAUUACGUGGUCCAGCAGAGAUUUACGUAUAAGUUUUUGUGCUAGUUAACGUAUUUGAAAGAUUAUACGUUAUUUUUAACACCAAGACCGUAAAUUUCAAAGAUGAUGCCAAGGAAUUCCUCGCCAGUGAUUGAAAGGGAGAUAAUCUGUACCUACAAGAUUAAGCUAGAAAAAGUCUUGGGGGUAACAGUUCCUAGCAAUGCAGCAUUAGCUAAUGAUAACAAUGGAAUUGUAGCCUAUCCCGCUGGAUGUACGGUUGUAUUAUUCAACACUAGGACACAGCAACAAAAUCACAUAAUCAAUACUAGUCGAAGAACUAUCACAUCACUUGCAUAUUCGUCCUGUGGGAGGUACAUUGUCACAGGAGAAUGCGGCCAUCAACCAGCUGUUCGUGUGUGGGACCUUCAGUCAGAUCCGCAGUCGGUCCAUCCGGGUUUAGCCUCACAGCCUCAGCAAGUUGCCGAGUUUAUGGGCCACAAAUAUGGAGUCAACUGUGUGUCGUUCUCACCUAACAACAAAUAUGUAGUUAGCGUUGGUACUCAACAUGACAUGAUUGUAAAUCUAUGGGAUUGGAGGAAUAACAUUAAAGUUGCUAGUAAUAAAGUCAGUACCAAAGUGAAGGCAAUAGCGUUUGCUGAGAAUGGAAGUUACUUCGUUACAGUUGGGAAUAGGCAUGUGAAAUUUUGGUUCUUGGAUAGUGGUAAAAAUAAGUACAAAGAAGUGGUACCUUUGAUGGGUAGAUCAGCCAUAUUGGGCGAGCAAAGAAACAAUUAUUUCUGUGAUGUAGCAUGUGGCAAAGGAGAAUGUGGUAAUAGUACGUAUGCGAUAACUAGGUCAGGAUUAUUGUGUGAAUUUAAUAAUAGGCGAAUAUUAGAUAGAUGGGUAGAAUUAAGAACAACUAGUGCCAAUUGUAUAACUGUAGGAGAGAAGAAUAUUUUCGUAGGAUGUGCCGAGGGGAUAAUUCGGUGUUUCGACCCCAGUACUCUAGUAUUUAUCACUACAUUGCCUCGAUGUCACUAUUUGGGUGUGGAUGUUACUUUUGGAACUAGUAUACAACACAUGGCAUCUCCACCACCGGAUGCCAAAUAUCCGGACACCAUGGCGGUCACCUUUGAUGAAACAAAUCACAAACUGACUGCAGUAUAUAACGAUCAUUCCGUAUAUAUUUGGGAUGUUUUAAAUAUUAAAAGGGUGGGAAAGUCAUUUUCCUUCUUGUUUCACUCUGCGUGCAUAUGGGGUGUAGAAAUGGCCCCACCCAACAGCCCCUUUCCUCCUGGCAGUUUUUUGACUUGCAGUUCUGAUGACACGAUCAGGGUGUGGACUCUGGAUAAAAUGUCGGAGCAGAGCAGCCGGGGCAUAUAUCAGCAAAAUAUUUAUAGCAAUGAACUUCUCAAAGUAGUAUAUGUAGAUAAAGACUUAUCCUUCAUAAAAGACUUAGACAUAUCAGGGACUGUUAGCAAUGAAAAGCAGACAGAACAGACAUCUUAUGAUGGGAAAAAUGGUGUGCGAUGCAUCAGGAUUAGUCCGGAUGGAAAGCAUUUGGCGAGUGGAGACAGAUCUGGUAACAUAAGGAUCCAUGACACAACACAGAUGAAAGAGCAAUGCAAAAUCGAAGCCCAUGACAGUGAAGUAUUAUGCUUGGAGUAUUCCGCCAAUGAUUCUAAGCACAGUUUAUUAGCCAGCGCUAGCAGGGAUAGGCUUAUCCAUGUGUUUGAUACUAAAAGUGAUUACGACUUUGUUCAAACAUUAGAUGAUCACUCAUCGAGCAUAACGGCCGUUCGAUUUUUAAGCCAUCCGAACAACCAGAUUCAAAUGGUGUCUUGUGGGGCCGACAAGAGUCUCAUAUUCAGAUCAUUAUCAGAUUAUAAUGGCAAGAUUCAAUUCACUCGAGAUCAUAACGCAACAGGAAAAACGACGCUGUACGACAUGGAAGUGGACACCGGUCAGAAACACGUUCUGACUGCGUGUCAGGACCGAAAUGUCAGAAUUUACAAUGUUAACACUGGCAAACAUACGAAAACUUUUAAAGGGAGCACUGGAGAUGACGGGACACUUAUAAAGGUUGUACUAGAUAGAUCUGGCAUCUACUUGGCAACAUCUUGCACAGACAAGAGCCUCUCAGUGUAUGACUACUACUCGGGAGAAUGUAUGGCCACAAUGUGCGGACACAGUGAAUUAGCAACAGGAUUAAGGUUUACAAACGACUGCAAACGGUUAAUUAGUGCCAGUGGGGAUGGAUGUAUAUUUGUAUGGAGGAUACCUCCUGAUAUGGUGGUAACGAUGAAAGCUCGGUUAAGUCAACAGGCAAUGCGGCAGGGUAGACCUUUGGAGACGGCAUUGCUCCAGGAUAGUACAAUGUUUGAGCAAAACGAAACCAUUUCCAGCGUUGAUACUAACUAUAGCUUUAGCAUAGGACAACUACCAAAGUGGGCUAAAAAACAGUUGACAGAAGAGUACAGUCCUCCUCCAAACAUCAGCAAAGGAGUUAGUACACCCAAGGGCAGAUGGGCCCAACGGGCCGAAAACACUAUGGGCGGCCAGUCGUUCUAUAGUCAACCGUUGCAAUAUCCAACUAUGGAUAAGAGGUUUGAUUCUGAUGGAUCAAAGGACAGUUCAUUGGAUAGCGGUACUGAAGUGAAAAUGUACAAAGAGGCAAAAAAAGAGUCCAUGACAAUUAGUGCAAAGUUAUCGCAAAACAUAACAAUAAGAGAUACAACUAGGAGAGGGAUUAUGACUGACGAUAGUGCCAUUGGCGAUGUAGAAUCUAUGGCUCACGAUGGCGAUUUGGAUAGUGACAGUGAAUACCGAUCUAGGCCUUUAUAUUAUCCUUCCUCGGUUGGUUCGCCAAGUGGGAACGAGUUUACUGUGACAAACGUUGAUGCAGACGAACUGAGAAAAUCGCAAAGAAAAAAGAAAAUACCAAAUAUUAUGAUCCAGCAAGCGUCUACGGGAACAUACGAUUCGGAGGACGACGAUGAUGAUUCUGACUGUUCUACAUUGAUCUCGCUGACCCAGAGAUGUACUAAGGGCAAUAUCAUUGAGGAAGUACACAGAUACAGAAAUGUUGACUUCAAGAGACCGCGUUUAAGUUUCUUAAGAGACCAAGCCUCAACGCCUUCGGGUGACGCCACGGAUAGAAAUCCUAUGUCACUGUUUUCAGUCAGUUCAGAGUCACUAGAUCAAAUCGUCAACAGGGAGAGGUACCUUCAAUCAACUUUUGAAAGUAUGUCAGGGACUGAAACGGAACAUCAUACGCCAAGCAACAAAUCAUCUUUUUCCUCCAAAUUUCUCACGAAUAGUGGAAAUCGUGCGGAUGGUAACAGUAGCUCAGUGAAACGAAACGAUCCUGAAGCUUUAAAGAAACGACAAGAACUAAGCAAAAGGAUAGCUGAAACUAAGAAAAAACUAGAAAGUGUCGGCCAUUCCAGUCCUUUAAGAUACAGUCAGUCGAUUCACGACCUCAGCCACAUUCCCGAGAAGGACAAAUGGUCCAGGAAACAAGAGCCCGUAGAUUGUUGUUCUACUAACACCUCAACUAACACCGCUACUAGAGUUGACGCAACAUGCAACGUAUGCAGUACGUCCGGUUCGGAAGUGCCUGUUAGCAAAAGCACACCGAUAAAUUUACAGUUGUGCGGCUGCUACAUGAUCGAUAUCGAGAAGAACACCUCGAAUCUAAAUCAGAUUUUCGAAAGUUCCAAAAACGCGUCGAAAAUUUCGCAAUUUUUAAAUUUGUCGUCGUUAACUUCCUCGUCCCCGUUCGAUCCGGAAAGCCAGCAGUUCCGCGAUUGCUUGGAGCAGGCGACUAAAAGUCCCGAAAAAAGUUUAAGCGAGUUUAUCAGACCGAGGAAGUUGAAGCUCGAUAAGACUUUGACGAAAUAUAAAAUGCAUAAGAGUCUCCCGGUGAGUCCCGUGAGUGAAGAGAGACAAUUUGCUGAUUACGUAGAGCAGAAGAAACAUCAGGAGGCGCAACAGAGACAGAGUUUCAGUUAUUUUUUGGAUUUCGAUUCAAAAUCGACCGACGAAGGCUUCAAACAAAUCUGCAGCGAUAUCGAGAAGUUUAGUCAAGAUUUCAGCAGGCAAUAUGAUCAAAUUGACAAAGAUUUUUGCGAUAAAAACAUGAAGCCAGAAGAAAACGCUGAUCAAAAAACUGGCGAUGACGAGGAUUCAAAUUUUAGUUCAGAUUCUUUGGAGGAUUACAAUUUCUUCUCGUAUUCCACGAAAAGAAGUAAAAAAACUGUUCCACCUAGAAGAUGCGUUUCUAAUAAUGAAAUAUACCGGUAUCAAGAGGAAUAUAUAGAAGAAAUUCCUAAGAGUGAGUCUUUCUUCCUAAAUCAAAAUUACUCGGCACAUGGCAGCCAAGAAAGCAUCCUGUCUGACGAAAAUAAUUUAGAUUAUGAUUACUACACUGGUCCUACUAAAAGUUACUGUAAUAGUUUAGAAAGUGUCUUAUCGAACGAGAGUGAUUGCAAGAGUGCACCUUUAGAAGUACUUUUUGAAGAUAAAAGAAAGCAGUUAAUAUCUGAAGCCAAAUACUAUAUGCCACACUCACAGAGUCUUCCCAAAAACAUAUCAUCGCAAUUCGAGGCGGAGCUGUCCUCAAGUCUUCCUAAGAAUUUCGUAGAACAUUCUCACACUCCUUCCAGUAGUUGCCAAAUUAACAAAAAAGUUAACACAAAUCAAAAAUGCAUUGACUGUUUUAAAACUAGAGGACCGGUGAAAACGUGCCAAACCCAAACUGAUUUUGAGACGCCUCAGGAGAUCGUUGCUAAAAAGGGCAGCAGGGGAUCUGAAGAUUUCCAAAAAAAACUCUUGAAGUUUGAGAGUAGCAUUGCUCAAGUUUCGGGAAAAAGACCGGUAGCGUUUUUUGUUGAAGGCAGCUGUGCCUCCAAAGUAAAAACUAUGAAAGCAAGUAAAGAAAAUAUGCCCGUUAAGUCUUCGAAAAAUUCAAAAUUAAAAAAUGACAAUAUGGACAUGUGUAUUCCAAGUCUAGCUCAAAAGAACAAGCAAUACAAAAGUAAGUUUUGUAAUGUGCUCAAUAACAAACCGGAUCAGAAUUUGGAUAUUUUUGAGGAAAAGGGAUACAUUAACAAGAAUAGCGGCAAUAGUUUUACUUUAUCCACGAUUAACUUUGAGAAGAAUACUAAUAGGAAUAACGUACAGGAAACUUCAAGCUUAGACAGGCAUCUAUUUGCAAAAGGUCUACUUAAUAACAGCGAGAAAAUUACACAUAAACCUCCCAAAGCUGUAAGGAGGCAUAGCUCGAAAAAUCGAAAAGGAAAAACGACUUACGAAUAUAUCAGAAAAGAAGAUUUUUAUAAGAAUAAUUGUGGACAAAGCGAGGGAAAUAAGAUACUAAAUAAUCAUAAAAGGGAAUUCCAAGAGUUGGUACUCACGGGAGAGAACACCAUAGAGUUAUGCUUCAAAGAGAAAAAUGUCGAUAUGGAUGUUGAGGCGAGUUCAAGCUUAGUAAAAAGCAGUUUUAAGUGUGGAAACGUGACAGAAAAUAUCUCCAGGGAUUACUUCCAAAAAACCGAUCAGCAAAACACAAUUUUAACUGAACUGUACGACAGUUUGGACAAAAAAUCGCCUCCGUCCCGAAUGGAUCUCGAUUCUUUAGACGUCAAUCUAAAUAAUCCGAGCCAGUUGUCUUCUGAUACCGAGUCAACCAAAAAUUUAUUUGAUAGUUUAGAAUUUAAUUUGUGGAAUAAGAAUGCUUCUCUUAGUAAAAAUACAGCUCAGCAAGUUGAGAAAGUUCUGAAAAAGCAGAUUGAAAUCAAAGAAACUUAUAGUGAGCAAGAAAACAUCGAAUGCAAGCUUUCCCCGCAGGACAAGAUAGCGACCGCCCUCCAUAACAUAAAAAUCUUAAACGAAAUACAACGAAAAAUUCAAAAAAUCAACAAUCUCGUAGAUAUAUACAAGAAAAACGUAUCGAAGAGUAAAGUCAAAGCUUUGUCCUCAAUGUACGAAAGUCUGACGACGUCUCAGAGUUACUAUAACGACUUGACAAAACUGCAGGCAACUCCCAUGAAAUUUAGACGGAGGAAUUUGAGUUUGCCGUGUUUUGUGGAGCGCAGACUAAAUUAUGAGCGUAGCAACGGAAAUAAUCUGAAUACUAGAAUAGAUGGAAGAGAAACGAUAUCGCAGGAUAGAAAAAUUAAAACAGAUGAAGAUAAGAAACCUGCUCCACCAGCCAGAAUAACUCCCCGCUACGUGAAAAACAACUCGAUGAUGCGAAGUAAGUCUAGCGUGGUUCUGAAUCAGCAGUCAGAUUCAGAAAACGAUUCCCAGGAAAAGAAGAUGUCCAGACUUAUGAGGCCAACAAUCAGUUCAAAUAAUAAGAUGAACCAAAAGUCGCUGCAUAACAGAAAGAAGCAGUCCUACUCGACAAGUAAUAUUAAUCAAAUCGGCAUAGACACACUGUCUACUUCAGAGGACGAAGAAAUGCCGAAGAAACCUCAAGUGCCUCCUCGAAUGAGCAGGCAGCAAAGUUUCGAAAAUGGACAUUCUUCCAGGAAAUAUAUGACCAAUAAGGAAAGUAAACCAGCUACACGGCACUCGAUUCACUUUGAUGAUACUUUAACCAACGACGAUUUCGAUCUAUCGAGUGAGAGUGUCGAUCUGUCAUCUAUUGAGUUUUCAAAUCAACUUUGUGAAGAUGUCAGUAGGAAACUGGUAGCGACGGCGGAUAACGUUGCCAGAAUUUAUCAAAAGCUCCGAGAAAAUGAAGAUGCGGGAGAUCCACAGCCAGAAGCGUUGGAUUGUAUUAAGAUGUCUCUUAUAAAGACGCAUAAGGUGGUCCAUGACUGUAUUUUCAACGAACUGAAGCAAAACAACGGAAACAUGGACGUGAACCAAACCGAUGCCAUUAAAAAACUCCACGACCUCGUAUCCAAAGGUGCGAGCGGCUCCGGAUCCGUCAUAGACUUGAUGCAGCAAUACUCCGACAUUUUAUUAGACAUUAUGCAGCAAAAGAUCCAUUCGGCCAAUAUUUGAUAUCCGGAUGAGCCUGCUGGGAUAUUUUUCGAAUUAGUUUUAUAAGUUGAGGAAUUUUUACAUACCCCAGUAUGCACUCUGGAAUGAAGAAGGUGGGAAGUUAAUACUUAAUAAGCUAAAAAAUCUUAUAUAAUAUACUGUGAUUUUAAUUCUUUUUUGUAUAUUAGAGAUAAAUAUGGUCGAAGGAAUUAAUGAAAACCAUUAACGAACGAUUGUUUAUUUUAGAGUAUAAAUAUUUUAUUGUCAUUACUUAUUGACGUUUAACUAUUCUUAUCUUUUAGUUGUAUAUCAGACAAAAUAUUUAAGGGUUGUCCGUCUCAAUACUGUUUCAAAUAAUAAACAUCACAGAUACUGUAAGCUUGACUUCUUAGCUAUUUUUCAAUGUAGUCUCCGUCAUUAUUAUUGCACUUUUUGAUUAGCUCCUGCAACUUUUUAAUACCCGCGUCAUACCACUGUCCCGCCGGUCAGUACAAAACGGAAUUGAUAACUGCCUUCACUGUCGCUUAAGAACUUCAUUCACCCAAAGUGCUAUUUCAUAGUAAUCAUUGAAGGCCAAAUCCCACCUGAAUUUGGCAAUAAAAUCGAUUGUGGUGUGGGGGAAAUUUCCUUGCAGCUGUAGAGCCUGGUGUAAUUUUGCAGCGUUGAUUGUUGUAUUUUUCAAUAUUUGCCUUUCCUGUCCCAAUAUACGGAAACCAUCAUUUCACCCGCUGACUACGUUUUUUUUAAGUUCCUGACACUUACAGAACCGGAAUGUCUUGAUUAUGCCUUAAUCUCUGGUAUCAAAUUAUGGUUUCCAGUUACAAUUAAAUUUUAAAAAAUCCUUUUCUAACCCUUUUUCCGGUAACAGAGCAGCCAUUCGCAAGUAAGUACUUUCGAUGUGCUUCUUUUGGCAUUUAUCAGUGAUCAUCUGCGGUACCCCCACCUAUCACGCUAGUUUCUUUUGGUCACUGCCGAUCUGCAAGCAAAAGGUCCUCAGCCUUCUUCACUGUCUCUUCAGGAACUCGUCGUGCCCUCUGCGAACUCCCUGACAUAUUUUUCACAAUUGACCGGAACGUCGAUUCCUUCUCUCAAAGAGGUUGCAGAUUGGCCACAAUGGAAACGUAUGAAGUAAGAAACGCGGCGUUGUUGUCAGCUUGGACCCGCUCCAUAGCCUCACGACCGUAAUUUACGGACAACCCUCAUAGUUUUAACUAUCUACUGAACGAGUAUUAAUCGAUAAUAAUCUUUCGAUCAUUUUAUAGAAAUAUUGUGCAACAAUAAUUGGCUUUAAACGUUUUUUGUUAGUUUUUUUUUUAAUGUGAAUAGUAGUAAGUGAUCGAAAAGGGCCAAAUAAAUUGUGGAAAAUUACAGGGAGCGAAAUCACAAUUAAUUUGUGGCACGUGCAUGUUUGGCCCGGUAUUCUUAUGAAUUCAAAACAAUAUUAAUUACGAAGUUGAAUAAUAAUUAAAUCAUUCCAUUUUCUAUCGGCUGUCACCCCCGUAGAUAGGUAGAAAAUUAAAUAUUUUACUAAACGGUUUAACAUUAAGAUUGCGUGUAGUUGCUGCCAAAUAUUUUUUGACAGAUUCGCUUAAGUGUUAAAAAUUGUAGGUGAACGUUUAGGUAUUUUGCAAUGUUUUAUCCUUUUUAAUUACAAGAUUUCUAUUUAAAGUUGUCCGUUUGUAUUUAGAUUUUAGAAGUUUGUCCGAUUCCUACACCAAAAUAUUAAACAGUCAAAGAAUUUCGGUUAGGUUUUAGUGCAUUUUAUCGGUUCGCCAAAAAAAUUAGUAAGGAUUGUUCUGAAAAUUUUUCUGAUAAUUUGGUCUCGGGAUUGGACUACAUAAAAAAUGUUCAAGCCACAGGCAACAGUAAAAACAGUCAAUUCAAUUUUUUUAUAUAUCAGGAAAAAGGAAUUUUUCUACGCAUUAGGGAAUUGUUAAAAUGAUCACUUAAUUUAUUUAUGUUCUUAUGUUUUACAUUUUUUAGAUUUACUUUUAAGAUUUAUAGUCUUUUUUUUAUUAUGGUCCUUUAUAUUUAAGCCAAAUCGUAAUUAAACCUCAUUAUUAACGAUUUUUUUAUGUACAGGUAUUUUUUUAUUAAUUGUUAGGAAUAUGCUUUAUUAUAAUGUGUCGUGCAUCAAUUUAACGGUAACAUUGUAACGAUUUAAUUUAUAUCGGAAGAGGAUACAUAAUUGUUAUUUAUAUAUUAUAUCUGUAAUCUUCCAGACUGUAUUAAAUAAUUUUCUGAAAUUGUAGUUUCAAUAAUAAAGUUGCAUUAAUUCAUUAA